UUUUAAGACAAAAAAAAAAAAAAAAUCCCAGAACGAGCAAUUUAGCGGUCUAAAACAGUUUCAUAAUAUAAUAUUACCUAGAUUCAAUCUCAUGAUAAUGUUUGACAACAUGAGAUGAAAAUUCCUUAAAAUCAUCUGCAGCAGAGUCCACCUGUGCCUCCUUUUUGAAGUACACUUGGGAAAUUCACCAGCGUAGUUCCCUUUCCUCAAAGUGCUAAAUGAGCUUUCAUUUUUACAGAAAAUGCAAACAGGUCACGGCUAAAAAAAUCUUCAUCAUGGGGACAACUGGACUUGAUUGGGGUUCUUGAGAGCUGAAGUUCUACCUCCAGAGGGGAUGGGGGAAGUAUCCAUCCUGGUUGCGAUGGUACAAUCCAUACAACACUCCAAGGUGAAGGAACAUCAGAUUUGCAAGUUCCUCUCUCUUCAGGAUCACCACCGCUCUCCCAGAUCAAACAGAGCCAUGAAAUAAUUUACUGGAAGGUUGUCCUCCCUCUGAGAUAUGGGCUUCAUCCUUAAGGCCACAAAUGCGAGAGGAUAUGAGGAAUGCGUUGUCACCUGCAGCUACUGUAUCUAGUUUCUCUGGCUUGCUGACAGAUUUGGCUGAAAUGCUCUUUGAGACCCCCAUCACAGCAGAUUCAAAAGCCUCCUCAUCACUCUCAACCAGCCCCUGUCUCCCAUGGGACCCCCACGAAUGUCUGCUGAGGGGUCCCCAGUGCCAAAAAGCAGGAAGUCACAGCUGUGCUCAUCCCCCUUUCAGCAUAUAUAAAAUCAGUGAAGGAAAACACGACAGCAGAGAGAGAAGGAGAAAGAGGGAGAGGCAGCAAGAGUCGUAGAAAAACCAGCCUGUGAAAGAGUGUGCUAUUCCCCAUGGUGCAGGAAGAAACAGACAAAUCCAAUGAAGGGGAACAAGCAUUCAGAGCUUGGCCGACGGUGCAGGCAGGAGCGUCACACAGGGGCAGCACACUGGGACUGAAGAGGACUGAAGAGGCUUGGGAUUUUUUUUCUUUUUUUGGGACCUGAUGCACUGGAAGAUUGUCUAACAGACAGAAGGCAGGAAAACAGAAAGAGAAAUGACAUUUAGAUUCGUAUAAGCUUUUAAACUAUAUAUUAACACAGAUAAACUGCAAAAAAAGCAAGAAAAAAAGCCAGAUACACUGAUUUCAAAAAGGCAGACAGGCAGACUAAACAUUUUUCCAGACGGGACUGGAGUUUCUUCCACUGGAGAGAGACAGAAGCACAUUUUGAAUGAAAAGAGGAGAACCCUUAUCUUUAUCCAGCAAUGCUUUUGAGGAACUCUGCACUGAACUGUCUCUGUCUGCUGUCCUGGAAGCAGGCACAGGCGUAGGAUAUAGUUAUCUUCACUGAAAAGAGGAUCCACAUCGCGUUUUUUAUUUUGCAUAUUUAAGUGCAGGUGUUUUGCUUUUUGUCACCAUGUUUUCUUUAAAGUUCCCAUUAAAACCAUCGUGGACUAUUGCCCUUCUGGUGUUGUGUAUCCUGGAUGUAUGGAUCACAGCCUUGCCUGCACAGCAAUCUCAACCUAAACUGCAGCCCCGCCGGUCCAGGCAGAUGUCACCUUUAACCUCCUCCUCGUCAGCCGGUAACCUGUCAGAGAGCGCAGAGAGCAAAGUAGAGCGACUCGGCCAGGCGUUUAAGAGGACCGUUCGUGACCUGCGUGAAAAAGGCUCCUGCUUGGAUCUGGUUUUCCUAGUGGACGAGUCAUCCAGUGUCGGGGCCAACAACUUCCUGAGCGAGCUGAGGUUCGUGCGCAAGAUGCUGUCUGACUUUCCUGUUGCGCCAGAGAACACACGAGUGGCACUGGUGACCUUUUCAUCCAAAACCAACGUGGUGACAAGGGUGGAUCACAUCUCAGCGCCCAAAUCUCAUCAGCACAAGUGUUCCCUGUUCAACCAGGAGAUCCCUGCUAUCAACUACAGAGGAGGGGGCACCUUCACGAGAGGAGCCUUCCAAAGAGCUGCACAAAUCCUUCGUCACUCCCGCUCAAACGCCUCCAAAGCCAUUUUCUUGAUCACUGACGGCUACUCUAAUGGAGGGGACCCUCGGCCAGUCGCAGCGGCUCUGAGGGAACGAGGCGUAGAGAUCUUCACACUGGGCAUCUGGCAGGGAAACAUCAGGGAGCUUCACGACAUGGCCUCACAGCCCAAAGAGCAGCACUGCUACUUCGUGCACAACUUCGAAGAGUUUGAAGCUCUGGCUCGUCGCGCUCUUCAUGAAGAUCUCCCCACAGGCAGCUACAUCCAGGAGGAUCUGUCACGCUGCUCCUCCCUGUGCGACGCUGGCAGAGAUUGCUGUGACCUGAUGGCCAGCUGCAAGUGUGGCAUGCAUACCGGACAAUACGACUGCAUCUGUGAGAAAGGAUACUACGGCAAGGGUCUGCAGCAUGAGUGCACAGCAUGUCCACCCGGAACCUAUAAACCAGAGGGAACACCAGGAGGCCUGAGCACCUGCCUGCCCUGCCCUGACCCUCACCACACCUCCCAGCUUGGCAGCACCUCCCUCACUGACUGCGUCUGCAAGUCGGGCUAUCAGCAGAUAGGGAUGACCUGCCAGGUGGUGCACUGUCCAGUUCUAUCUCCUCCAGAAAAUGGCUUUUUUGUUCAAAAUGUGUGCAACAACCACUUCGAUGCGGCCUGUGGUGUGCGAUGCCAGCCGGAUUUUGACCUUCAGGGAACCAGCAUCAGACUGUGCCAGGCUGAUGGCACCUGGUCAGGAACGCCUGCGAGCUGCAGAGUCCGCUCCUGCCCGCCCCUCUCUCGGCCCCCACAUGGCUUCCUGAAGUGCAGCAAUGGCGGCGCCUCCCUCAGGAUGGAGUGUCAGGUGGGCUGUGAGCGAGGCUACAGGUUGGAGGGAGACUCUAGACUCGUGUGCCAGAAUAACUCGCAGUGGAGUGGACCCCAACCUCGGUGUGUGGAGGUUCGCUGUCCUCCCAUCUCCGCCUUGAGAAACAUCCUGCUGUCGCCCCCUGCCUGCACGAAGAGAGCUGCAUCACCUGGCUCUGCAUGCCUGAUCACUUGUCGCCAAGGUUAUACUCUCAAGGGAAACAGGAGGGCGGUGUGUCUGGGCUCUGGAAACUGGACAGCUAAUGUGUAUAAAGCUGUCUGUACAGACACUGAACCUCCGUGGAUUCAGUGCCCUGCUGACAUCGUUGCAGAGACGGAUGAGCGGCGUGGCAUCGCCAGUGUCAGCUGGGACGUCCCAACUGCCACCGACAACUCUAAGGAAGAGGUGGCACUGCAGGUGAAGCCAGUCUACACUCCCCCUGCACUGUUCCCCAUCGGAAAAGAAAUCAUCAUCUAUACAGCUACAGAUCGCUCAGGGAACCAGGCCAACUGCUCUUUCACUGUCACGGUCAUCGAUACGGAGCCCCCUGUGAUUGACAGAUGCAGGUCCCCGCCCACUGUCCAGGCCACAGACGCAGAGACGACGGCGGUCGUUUGGGAGGUGCCGCAGUUUUCCGACAACUCAGGUGGUCGUCUCACAGUGACCAGCAGCCACCCUCCAGGCUCUCAGUUUCCAGUAGGAGAGACUCUGGUCCAGUACACAGCGACUGAUGCUGCAGGGAACAGCCGUACAUGCAACCUCACCAUCACCGUGCAAGGAACGACCUGCGAUCAGCCAUACAAACCUGUCAAUGGAGAGUUCAUCUGUUCAGAAGGAGAAGAUGGUGUGAACUGUACUCUUCACUGUAAAGAGGGCUACAGCCUCACUCAGGAUGCUGUCCACAGCUACUUUUGUGCCUACAAUGGCAUCUGGGAGCCGCCGUACUCUGCAGACAGACCCGAUUGCUCCUUGAACCGUAUUGCAAACAAUGGUUUGAAGCCAUUUGAGAUGCUGUUUAAAGCGUCUCGCUGUGAUGAUGUGGACUUGGUCAAGUCGUUUACUGGAGAGUUUAACUCCAGACUUGAAGGCAUGCUUCCCAAUAUCUGCAGCAGUGAUGAUGUCAUCUGCAAGCUGGAAGUGAUGUCACAAGGUCACUGUCUGGAGUACAACUACGACUAUGAGAAUGGAUUUUCCAUUGCACCAGGAGGCUGGAGCAACAACUGGGGUCCUCAGGGUGCUCAGGAUUAUGCAUACUUUGAGACUGGUUUCGCCGCAGGCAGUCGGCAUCUCGCCAGACGGCAGCAGGACGGCAGCAUGCAGCCUCACCCACGCUCAAAAAGGCACCGCAAAAUCACAGGACCAACCAGAGACCAAAAAAUCCAGAUCUUUUUCAACAUCACAGCAAGCAUACCUCUGCCUAUAUCGAGGAACGACUCAAUUGAAGUGGCCAAUCAGAAGAGACUCCUGCGCACCCUGGAGCAACUGACCAAUCGUCUGAAGCGUACGCUGGCCAAACAGCCACUGUCUAGUUUUCAUGUUUCCUCUGAGAUGAUUGUAUCUGAUCCUAAAUCUCUGGAGAGUAAGAAGGCAUUUCUGUCCUGCCGGCCGGGGUCGGUGCUAAAGGGGCGGAUGUGCGUCCAAUGUCCAGUGGGAACGUACUUCUCCCUGGAGCAUAACGAGUGUGCGAGCUGCUGGCUCGGCUCCUUCCAGGACCAGGAGGGUCAGCUCGAGUGUAAGUCCUGCCCAGAGGGAACCUCCACGGCCUACCUGCAUUCCCGCAGCAUCUCUGAGUGCAAAGGACAGUGUAAGCCUGGCAGUCACUCUCUUAACGGCUUGGAGAUCUGUGAGUCGUGCCCACUGGGUCACUUCCAGCCAGGUUAUGGCGCCAGAGAGUGUCUCGUCUGUCCGGAUGAAACAUCAACCGUCACAAGGGGAGCUGUGGAGGAGGAGGAGUGUGGAGUGCCCUGUUCUUCAGGUCAUUUCUCCCGCACUGGUCUGGUUCCCUGUUAUCCUUGUCCCAGAGAUUACUACCAACCUGAACAAGGUCGCUCUUACUGCCUCUCCUGCCCUUUCUAUGGAACCACCACUGUUACUGGGGCAACCACCAUACAGCACUGCUCCAGUUUUGGCUCCAGUUUCCUUCCUAAAGAGGAGAGUGUGACUGCGGCUCCAGAGGUGCAAGUCCAUGAAGACUACCAAGCAAGCAGCCAGGUUUUCCACGAGUGCUUUCUGAAUCCCUGUCAGAAUAAAGGGACGUGUGAGGAGGUUGGGGCUGGAUAUGUGUGCACCUGCAUGCCUGGAUUCACAGGUGCAAAGUGUGAGGUUGACAUUGAUGAGUGCGACUCUGCUCCAUGUCAGAAUGGAGGCCUUUGUAAGGAUGGGAUGGGAGACUUCCAGUGUCAGUGCAAGUCUGGCUUUGUAGGUUCUCUGUGUGAGGCUGAGGUAAACGAGUGUCUCUCCUCCCCCUGUCUGAAUGAAGGCGUAUGUGUGGACGAGGUCAACAAGUUUAGCUGCAGCUGUGCAGACGGUUUCACAGGAUCUCGCUGUGAGCUAGAAAUAAACGAGUGCCUCUCCAACCCGUGUCUGAAUGGAGGCGUGUGUGAGGACUUGACGGGCGGCUACACCUGCAACUGUGCCGUUGGCUUCUCGGGAGAUCGCUGCGAGGUCAACAUUGAUGAAUGUUACAGCUCCCCCUGUCUGAAUGGAGGCUCAUGUCUGGAUGCUAUCAACAACUACAGGUGUCAGUGUGUGGAGGGUUUCCGUGGUCGUAUGUGUGAGGUGGAUGUGGACGAGUGCGAUCCAAACCCCUGUGUGAACGGAGCCAGCUGUCUGGAUGGUCUGGGCUCCUACAUGUGCCGAUGCCUCCCUGGGUUCAACGGAACCAGGUGUGAGACAGAGAUGUCUUCAGCCUUUAACCUGGACUUUGAGGUGUCUGGUAUCCAUGGUUACGUCAUGAUGGAUGGAGUAAUGCCAGCACUGACAGAGAUCACUUGCACGUUUUGGAUGAAAUCUUCAGACACUACAAAUUAUGGCACCCCUGUGUCCUACGCUGUGGAAGGGAGUGACAAUGCUUUCCUUCUCAUCGACUACAACGGCUGGGUUCUGUAUGUAAACGGUAAGGAGCGUAUCACAGACUGUCCUGCGGUAAACACAGGUCUGUGGUACCACAUCGGGGUCUCAUGGAGGAGCUGGGACGGAGACUGGAGGAUCUACAUCAACGGGAAGCCAUCAGACGGAGGAAAAGGCCUGUCAGUGGGCACCACCAUCCCAGGAGGCGGAGCUCUGGUGUUAGGUCAGGAUCAGGAUCAGAGGGGUGAGGGCUUCAACCCUGUUGAAUCAUUUGUCGGCUCCAUUAGUCAGCUCAACAUCUGGGAUCGAGUUCUCACACCUCAGCAGAUCAAAGUUCUGUCCAGCAGCUGCCCGGCCUCACAUGUGACCCACAGAGGGAAUGUACUGGCCUGGCCAGACUUUCUCAAUGGGGUCGUAGGACGAGUCAGAGUCAACCACAACAGCAUCUUCUGUGCUGAUUGUCCUAAAUUGGAGAACGCUGUUCCCCACCUGCACGCCUCCUCUGUAGAGGUGAGUCCUGGAGCACAGGUCCAGCUGUCCUGUGAUCCUGGCUUCUACCUGCUGGGGGAGCCGGUGCUGCAGUGUCAGAACAAAGGAGAGUGGAGUCAUCCUCUGCCCAGCUGUGAACGAGUGUCCUGCGGGCCUCCUCGUCCUCUGGAGAACGGUUUGUUUCAGGGGACUGACUUCCAUGCCGGCAGCUCUAUUGUGUAUCAGUGUAACGCUGGUUUUUACCUGCUGGGAGACACAAAGGUGCACUGCAGCAACAGUGGCAAGUGGGGAGGAAAUUCACCAGCCUGUCUGGAUGUGGAUGAGUGUGCUCUGGGAUCUGACUGUGAUGAACACGCCAGCUGUCAGAACACAGAAGGCUCCUACACUUGCACCUGUGUCCAUCCAUACAGUGGAGAUGGCAAAAACUGCACAGAGCCCGUAAAGUGUGAGAACCCUGGGUCUCUGGAGUUCGGUCACAGACAAGGCAGUAACUUUCUGAUGGGCAGCGAAGUCGUCUUCAGCUGUGACAGUGGCUACGAGCUGAUAGGAUCAACUCGCCUUCGCUGCACAGAGACAGGACGCUGGGAUGACUCAGUGCCCUACUGCAGAGCUCUCUCCUGCCCGAUACCAGCUGUUCCAGAAAACUCCAUCAUGACAGGAAACAACUUCACCUAUGGAAGCAAGGUGACUUUCAGCUGCAUGAAAGGCUUCCUGCCUCAGAUCCCCUACGAGUUCCAGUGUCUCUCUAGUCUGAGGUGGAGUGGGAUGCCACCCACGUGUCACCCAGUGACCUGCGGGGAUCCUCUGACUGUCAUGAAUGCUGGCUACACCCUCAUCACAAACACAUAUCAGUCCACUGUGACAUAUACCUGCGCUGAGGGGUACAGACCACAGGGCUCCAUGGAGGUGGUCUGUGAGGCCACAGGGGAGUGGAGCAUGCCCGUCCCUCGCUGUGUGAAUGUCCUGUGUAGCGAGCCCCCAGCCCUGAGAGACGCUGUGACCAUAGGACAGAACUAUGAGCUGGGAAACAAGGUGCACUAUGUCUGCAAAGAAGGCUACACUUUGAUUGGUCCAGAAACCAGAGAGUGUCUGCCAAAUGGCGAAUGGAGUGACAGCUCUGCCCAGUGCGUCCCUCGCUCCUGCGGCCCUCCACCCGCCAUUGACCACGCUGAGCCCUACGAGAGCCACCAGCUGUUUGGAGACACGGCUAACUACUAUUGCACUGAUGGAUACACAGCUGGAAAUAAUUCUAAGAUGGUGUGCAACGCUCAAGGUGUGUGGGCACCCCCUGAUGGCAUGGAUGCCCCUCGCUGUAUUGCAAAUUUCUGCCUCCGUCCGCCUGAGCUGUCCCACGCCAUUUUAGAUUCUGUCAACAAACCCAAAUAUGCCAGCAAUACUGAGGUGAGCUAUAAGUGUGAGGAGGGAUUCAUGCUGAACACCACUGGCACACUCAGAUGCUUGAUGGGAGGAGAGUGGGAGCCUUCCCCAUAUGAUAUUGGUUGUGUACCGGUGAGAUGCUCGAAGCCUGAGAGCAUUGAUCGAGGCUAUGUAAGUGGGACCAACUACAGUUUUGGAGCUGUCGUAGCGUACAGCUGUGAUAAAGGCUUCCUGAUCAGAGGGGAGAAGAGGAGGACCUGCAAGGCCAAUGGAGAGUGGGGAGGAGUUCUGCCUUCCUGUGUCCCUGUGUCCUGCUCCCCUCCUCCUGCACUCAAGAAUGGAUACAUUCAGGUCAGAGGACGGUUCACCUUCAAUAGCAAAGUGACAUAUGCCUGCAAUGCAGGCUACAGACUCAUCGGUCGCCCAGAGCGAGUUUGCCAAGCCAACCGGCAGUGGUCCAACAAUGACCCUCCUACCUGCGUCCUUUUAACUUGUGACCCCCCGCCUGACAUCGUUCAUGGACACUACAAGGGCUCUGACUUCCAGGUUGGGCGAAAAGUGCAGUACUUCUGUGACGAAGGCUACGAGCUGGCCGGGGACCCCACAUGGACCUGUUUAAAGUAUGGACGGUGGGAUAAAUCAAGGCGUCCUCGCUGCUCACCGGUGCAGUGUCCUGAGCCACCACUGGAGGAGAACCACCUGGUCCUGAAGGGUGUGGAUUCUGAAUCAGGAACUGUUGAAUUAUCCUGUGAGGAUGGUUACGUCCUUGAGGGAGCCCAGGUCCUGCGCUGUACCCCAUCCCAGGAGUGGAAUGACACUUUUCCUGUGUGUAAACAAGUGUUUUGUGGCCCACCACCUGAGGUGUCAUUUGGUGGCCCUACAUCCUCCUCUGCCCCGUUCCCUUACGGCUCCAUGGUUAGCUACACCUGCAUGGAUGGCUUCACUUUAAGAAAAGAAGGGUCUGUUUCCUGUUUAGCCAGUGGGCAGUGGGGCAGUCCUCAUCCAGAGUGUAUUCCUGUUGAAUGCCCUCAGCCUGUGGAGAUUUCUAAUGGUAUUGUGGAUGUCCAGGGUCUAAUGUACCUCAGCAAAGCACUGUACAGCUGUAAGACUGGAUAUAACUUAGAGGGCAACUCUACGAUACUUUGUGGAGAGAAAGGACUCUGGAUUGGAGGGGUACCCUCUUGCCGCCCAAUUGAAUGCUUGAUCCCUAAACAGAUAGCAAACGGGAAAGUAGCUUACACAAAACUCCAGUUUGGUCACAGUGUCACCUACUCUUGCCGUCGUGGAUACCGUCUGAAAGGCCCAGAGACUCUCACAUGCCUCGCCAGUGGGGAGUGGAACAUUGAAGCACCUACAUGUGUGCAGAUAUCCUGCACACCACCCCAACCAAUUGAAAAUGGGUUUGUAGAGGGCCAGGAUCACAGUUUUGGUGUCACCAUUUUCUACAGCUGCUUCCCUGGCUUCCAGCUUGUAGGCCAGGACCAUCUGACCUGUGAAGAGUUUGGUUGGUCUAGUUCUGUUCCCAUUUGCGUGCCCUCGGACUGUGGCCUGCCUCCUCAUAUUGACUUUGGGGAAUAUGUUAGGGUGUCACUGCAGGAAGGAGGCUCUGACUCUGCUUCUUCUAAAGACAAUGGAUCAUUAGCCACACCUUUGGACCUGAGCUUCCUUCAUUCCACAUUAAUUGAGUACCGUUGCCACAGAGGUUAUGAAAUCACCAGCCCAACUAGGUUGGUUUGCCAGGAGGAUGGAGGCUGGAAUGGCACAGCUCCAUCGUGUGUCCCUGCAGAGUGUGAAACCCCACCCAGUCCAGAGCAUGGCUGGGUGAACGUGAGCGAUGCUUCCCUUGGAAGUACAGUCAAGUACUCAUGUGAGGAAGGAUAUGAGCUGCAGGGCGAGCCCAUGAGGCAGUGUGUUUCAGGACGACUCUGGACUAAUGAAGCCCCUGUUUGUCGGCCUGUUUCCUGUGGCGAUCCUGGUGCUAUUGCUAAUGGCACUGCUCAUGGGGAUACUUUUGUGUACCCUGAGGUGCUCCGGUAUGAGUGUAGUCCUGGAUUUGUCCUUAAAGGUAGUGACGCUAUUGCUUGCCAAGCCAACGGGAAGUGGAAAGGACAGAAACCGAUUUGUGAGCCAGUAUCUUGUGGUCCUCCAAAAAUCCCAAAAGGUAUUACUUUUAAAGGAGAUCAGUACAGCUACAAUAAUGAGAUAGAACUGAGCUGUCCACCUGGUUUCCUCUUAAAGGAGAAAUCUGUUAGUGUUUGUCAAGCUGACGGCACCUGGAGCCAUGAGACUCUUACUUGUGUACCUGCCCGCUGUGGCAAACCAACACAAAUACCCAAUGGACGGUUGUUUGGGUCAGACUUUGGUGUCAACAGCAAGGUAAAGUAUGAGUGUGAUGAGGGAUAUGCACUUAACGGGGAUCCCACCCGUAUCUGUCAAUCUGAUGGACUCUGGGACAAACCUGCACCCCGCUGUGAUGUCAUAAGUUGUGAUCCACCUGAGGAUAUCAGUCACGGCUUCCUAAAUGGCUCCAGCUUCAACUACGAUGAUGUGGUAGAGUACGUCUGCUUUGAUGGGUAUGAGGUCGUUGGGGAUCCCAUCCUGAGGUGCUCCGCUCAAGGUUCCUGGUUAGGAACCGUACCUCAGUGUCGCCCCUGUGUCUGCGCCCUCCCUACACUAAAAUUUGGUGUGGUUCUUGGGCGUGAACGUUCCUGCGGGGACCGGGUGAACUUCCAGUGUGACGAUGGCUACAGGAUGCUGGGUCCCUCUGAGGCGGUGUGCGAGAAGGGAGGGGUAUGGAGCCCUGGCGUACCUGUGUGUGGAAGGGGGAGGUGCAGUGCCGCCCCGCCUGCAGUUGCUAAUGCUGUCCUGCAGGGCGGCAGUGCGACCUUCCCUGACACAGUAAUAUACAGGUGUCGGCCGGGCUACCAGCCGAGGGGGUACCCAUACCUCUCCUGUGGACGAGACGGCAGAUGGGGAGAACCCAGGAUCAAGUGUGAGCCUUUGGACUGUGGUAAACCUCCAGCUGUAGAGCACGCUCAGGUGGCUGGAGACACCUUCACCUUCCCAAACCAAAUCACCUACAGGUGUGAUGAAGGUUAUCAUUUGGCCUCGCAGACAGACUCCCUCUCCUGCCAAAGCGAUGGCACCUGGUCAAAGCACAGCAUACGCUGCCGUCCUGCCCCCUGUCUGUUACCCACUAACAUCUCCAUCCAACAUUUGUUGAUCACUGGAAAGGAGCUGACGCCUGUCGGAGGCACUGUCACUCUGUCCUGCUCUCCCGGUCUCUACCUGCAGGGGUCGGCAUUAGCUGAGUGUCAGCUCGGUGGUACAUGGUCACCAAGCAUCACCUCAGCUUCCUGCGAGCUGGUGGUUUGUGAGAAGCCCCCACCUCUUCUUAAUGGUGUCAUGGAGGGAGAAAGCUUCAAUUACGGAGAUUUUGUUAUGUACUCAUGCCUGCCGGGCUUCGACAUGAAGGGAGACUCUAUCCAAACCUGCCAGGGGGACAGAACAUGGAGUGGCACCCAGCCUAUGUGUGUUGUGCAGUCCUGUGGGCCUCCUCCUUCAGUGAGUAAUGCAGUGGUUCAGACAACAGGAGAGACUUAUCUUCACAAUGCCACUUAUGUUUGUAAUGUGGGCCUGCAGCUGGUUGGCCCAAAGUCUCUCACCUGUCUCUCCAAUGGCACGUGGAGUCAGCCAGCCCCCACAUGUGAAGCAUCUAAAGGCUGCAACAGCCCGGUACAGAUACUGCACGGUAAAGUGCAAGAACACAACCUGAACACUGGACGGGCUGUGGAGUUCCAAUGCAAUAAAGGUUACAACCUGGUGGGAGAUUCUUUAGUGGUUUGCAUGGGAGACAACACCUGGAGCUCCACGUUCCCAUCUUGCAAACCUAAGUCUUGCCCGGCUCCACCAGGUUGGAGGGAGGAGCGCAGCAGUAACAGGUCCCAGCAGGAGUUUUAUGUAGGGCAGACGGUCCGUAUCACCUGCCCCAAAGGACAGCAGGUGAAAGGCAGCGGCACGGUCACCUGCAGACCAGACCAGACCUGGAGCCCUAUCAGCUCUGUGUGCGAAAGGGUGUCCUGUGGCCCCCCACUCCACGUUGCCAAUGGGGUGGUGCGGGGGGCGGUGUUCCAGUUUGGGGACGUGGCAGUGUACUCGUGUUUUGGUGGCUACAUGAUGGAGGGUGUCGGGAGAAGUAGGUGUCUGGAGAACGGCACCUGGACGCCGCCUCCCACAUGCAGAGCCGUGUGUUGGUUGCAUUGCCAGAAUGGAGGUGUCUGUCAGCGGCCCAACACUUGUGCCUGCCCUGAAGGCUGGAUGGGUCGACUCUGUGAAGAGCCGAUCUGCAUCCUGCCGUGCCUGAAUGGCGGGCGUUGUGUGGCACCCUACCAGUGCGAGUGUCCCACAGGGUGGACGGGGACCCGCUGUCACAGUGCUGUGUGUGCCUCGCCUUGUCUGAAUGGAGGCCGCUGCAUCAGGCCGAACAGAUGUCACUGCAGUGCAGGGUGGAGCGGACACGAUUGCUCCAGGAAAAGGAAAUCAGGAUACUAUCACUUCUGAACCAUCUCCACGUGAAUCGUCUCAUGAAGGGAAAUCUUGUAUAUUUAACUGACUCACUUUGUAAACCAUUCAUUCUCAUCUCUCUGCAAAAGGCAAAGCAAGAACCCGUUUGUAAAAUAAAGCUGUAUUUUUUCAUAUAGAGACUCAAACAGUAUUAAAGGUAUGCUGCUAUAUACUUGUACGAUGUGCAAAAACUGUUGAUGUGAUUGUGCGAUGUAUAUGUGUAAACUAUUCUCACAUUUUUAUUAAAGCAUAAAAUACC